AUGGAAACAGCUCUAAGCAUCUUCAAGCUAUCGUUCCUUCUUAGCCUUCUCAGCGGCAGUUCAGACCUAAUCGACUCGCGUUCUCAUUCCGAUCUCGUUCUCGGACGAUUUGGGAAGUUUCCGCCGUCAUGCAACCGGAUCGAGUGUCCGAGCUACGAGCUGGUCCACGCCGGGAAUGGCUACGAGAUUCGCCGCUACAAAACCGCCGUCUGGGUUUCAACAGAUCCGAUUCAUGAUACCUCGCUCGUCAAAGCCACGAGAACCGGUUUUCGCCAGUAUGUUCAUUUCAGUUUCCGAAAUUAG